AAAAAAGCUGAGUAAUAAAGUGCGAUCUUUCGUAAUUUAGUUCCUAGAGGACAAAGAGAAUAGAGAGAGAAAGAGAACAGAGAGAGUGGGGGAAAAAGAGAGAGAGAGAGAGAGAUGUUUUGUCCUGACGUGGAGCUGGUGUGUGUAUAUAAAGCGGUGAGGAGUGGUACGGAGCAUCAGAGAGCCGAGCUGCAGAACACAACCGUCUCACUUCACCUCAGCAGAACCCAGCGCCGAUCCUCAGGGUGAGCGUUCCUCUCUUCUCCUCUCUUCUCCUCCUCUAACUCUCUUUCUGCACACAGACCGAGUGUACACGUCUACACACUCUGAUCUCAUCUACUUUUCUUUCUUACAGAUGCACAAGUGUAUUGUUGGUGUGUGUAUCACGCUGGUGUUUUGCGCAGUCUUGACCGAGACGCUGGGAAUGGUCAUCGCGGCGAAAGAGAAGCGCGGCUGGACCCUUAACAGCGCUGGAUACCUGCUCGGUCCCCAUGGCAUCGACAGUUACAGGACGCUCAGCGAUAAACACGGUCUGGCCGGGAAGAGGGACGCGUUCAUGGAGGACGACAUCAAAUCUGGUGCCCUGAGAAUAGCAGACGAAGACAUCCUGCACACCAUUGUAGACUUCCUGUCUUUCCUCAAGCUGAAAGGUGGGCGUGGUUCCGAGCUGAUUAGGCUUCAAUGUGAAAACAUUACACUGUCUGGAAAAAAAAAAGAUAUGAAUAUAAAUAACCAACGUAACAUAACAUAACGUAUGUGUUUCAGACAUGGGCGCUCUCGACAGCCUGCCCUCCUCGCUCACUUCAGACGAAUUCACUCAGCCCUGAACCUCGGAUAUCUCUCCGCCAAACGACCUCUGACCUUCUGCAAGCGAACUGCGUCCGUGUUCUUUUUGUCGUGUGCUACACUGUAACUCUGCUGACUGAUGUGAGGAAUAAAAGCCGCAUUU